GCUGGUCGACAUCAAACACCACAGAAGAAGAUGUCGUCAUCAAUGAGCGUCAGUGGCAAUGAUGAAGACAGAUAAAGCCGAUUUGAGGAUUAUGGAUUUAAAACUCUUUGUCAGCGUCAAAUUCUGAGUUUAAUCGAAAGAUUUCAAACUGUUCAUUUGAAGUCAGUUACACAGCAGACGAAAGGAAAGGCCACGAAGAAGGAAACAGCUCCGUGGACGGCUACGCGGUUUCCUUGACAACGGAGGCUGCUGCACCUGUUGACCAGCGUGGCUAUAAUGUCGUCUGGACCUGAGUUGACCAGUGACGCCGGGAAGUGGCUGGAUGCGCACUAUGACCCGGUGGCCGGCCUCUACACCUUCUCGUCUUGCAUGGACCUGGCUGACCUGAGUGGUGACGGUGAUAGCAGACUGGUGGUGGGUGACCUGGGCACCGGCUCAUCCUGCAUGAAGCUGAAGGUGUACCGCGGCACAGCGCUGAUGAGCGAGAACACGCUGCUCGACCUGCCCUCUGGUCUGGUGGCCUUCCUCAUGGACUUGCACGAGCCACGGAUCCCCGCCAUCGCGGUGGCAUCUGGACCCUGUGUCUAUGUGUACAAAAAUCUCAGACCGUACUUCAAGUUCACUCUGCCUGGCCUGGAGGUCAACGCCCUGGAACAGGAUGUGUGGCAGCAGGUGAAGGAGGGUCAGAUUGACCCUUUGACCAUGAAAGAGAUGCUGGAGGGCAUCAGGGAGAAGGCCGACAUCCCCCUAUCUGUCCGCUCACUAAGGUUCCUGUCUCUAGAACCAUGUGACAUGGAGGAAUUUGUCCACCUUCACAAACAGCAGCCAAUCAAACGACAGACCAUUAUCACCUGCAUCAGCACCCUGAAAAAGAGCACUGCGGACGAGGAUGGCGUCAGCUGCCUGGUGAUCGGGACUGAGAGUAACAAUGUCUACGUGCUCGACCCCGAGGCCUUCAUCAUCCUCCAUAAGAUGAUGCUGCCGACUACUCCCACCAUGAUGGAUGUAACGGGUCAGUUUGAUGUGGAGUUUCGCAUCACAGUGGCGUGUCGUGACAGCAACAUCUACAUUCUGCGCAGAGAAUCGGAGAAGCCCAAGUACUGCAUUGAGCUGUCGUCUCACCCGAUGGGUCUGGUGAGGAUCGGGAAGAACGUGGUGGUCGGCUGCACCGAUGAGAGUCUGCAGGGCUUCACGCAGAAGGGGAAGAAGCUGUGGAAGUCCAGCCUCCCUGCUCCCAUCACCACCAUGGCUGCCAUGAAUCUCCCCACUCGGGGCUUCCAGGGAGUCCUGGUAAGUCUGGCUAACAGUGAGGUCCACCUCUAUCGAGAGAAAAACCUCCUCAGUAUCAUCAGGACACCUGAUGUGAUUACCACCAUCUGCUUCGGCCGCUACGGCCGUGAGGAUGGAACCCUGAUCAUGACCACAAAGGCAGGAGGUCUUCUGGUGAAGAUCCUGAAGAGGACUGCUACCUUUGAUGACAAAGACAGUGCAUCCGGCCCGCCCUCGGCUCAGAACAUCCGCCUCAAUGUGCCUAAGAAAACAAAGCUGUAUGUGGACCAAACAUUGAGGGAGCGUGAGAAUGGCCUGGUCAUGCACCGCACCUUUCAGAUGGACCUGAGUCGGCUGCGUCUGGCAGCUGCCAAAGCCUACAUCAAAGCUUUGGAGUCCAGCCUGACGCCAGUAUCUGCCAGCCUGACCGAACCGCUCAGGAUGAACGCUGUGGUCCAGGGCCUGGGACCGUCCUUCAAGCUUACUUUGAACAUCCAAAACACGGCAGCAUGUCGAUCCAUCAUGAACCUGGCUGUUAGCUUCCUGUAUGAUGAGAGCUUGUACCAUAUGAGGAACCCAUACAUGAGAAUCCCCCUGCUGGUACCGGGACUGAUAUACCCUGUUGAGACCUUUGUGGAAUGCACAAGUGACAAAGGAAUCUCGGAUAUCAUCAAAGUGUUCGUCCUACAUGAUGGGAGGAGCACCCCCUUGCUGACGGCGCACAUCAACAUGCCCGUCAGUGAAGGUCUGGCCCUGAACUGAGAUCAGGCCCUGAAAAGCAACAUCUUAUAUAAUAUUGUGACAAAGAGGCACCGAGUGUCAUAUCCAGGGAACAUUUAGGACAUCGUGAAGGACAUCAUGAGUGUGGGUUUGAUUAAGACUUGAAGAUACAGCAAAAUAAAAGGUUUGAGUUUAGCGUUUUUAGUAGAUACGUAGAUGGAUCUUUUGUGUUAUUGCAGAUUAUACUGUACAUUGAAACUUUUCUGGAGCAACCCAGUUUGGAGCAUUAAAAAGACUAAGAUAAAUAAAAUUAAUGUAAAAUAUAUACAUGCAAACCCACACAGCCCAAGCACAUGCCCACGCCCACUACUUAAUGGAUUUUCACCACACAUUGGUGUUGGGCCUUGAAAGACUCCAUUAGAUUUUGGAGGUGAUCUGGAUCCGAUGUUAAAGACCAAACGGUCCCCCCCUGU